AAAAAGAAUCAUAAAUAUUUUUUCUCUCUUCUUUUUAUAAUAAUAAUAAUAAUAAAAAUAUAAUAUAUCAUCUUUAAAUUCUUCAUAAAAAUGGAAACAAAAAUGCAAAAUUCCAUCAGAUACUCAACUAUUUCAACCACUAUGGUAAUUUCCGAAAUAGGACGUAACAUAAAACCCAUUGAAAAAGGGACCGGUACAUGUAUUUACAUUAAUACAGAAGUAAAUCCUCGACAAAUUGAAAUUAAAAUAAAUAAAGGUUAUAAAUAUAAAGAUGAAAAUAUUUCGCUUUGGGAGUGGAUCAAUAAAGCGAUAUGUCAAAUUGACAAGUUACUAGAAGAUAUUGAAAUAAGAAAUCGUAAAAAAGAUAUAGAAAAAGAGAAAAAAAAUAGUAGAAUUUCAGAUAAUGGUAAUCAUCAACAUGCAACACCAAGAAACCAUAAAGAUAACGAUCUGAAAGAAAAAAGAAAAAGGUUUAAACGAAGAAUGCCGCAUACGACCAAAGCACGACAAGAAAACAUUAAGAGAAAUGUUCCUGUAAAUCAGACGAAUUACAAUCGAUCUUAUUAAUCCAUUUUUUUCUUUUUU